AAAUAAUUAAUUACAUCAGAAUUACAAGGUCCAACACCUUUCUCUAUAUAUCCCCAACUCUCAAAAUCCACCACGUCCUCAUCACUACACACAGAGAGAAGAAACACAAACACCAAACCGCUAAACCAUCACAUAGACAAAACAUAGCACAAAACCCAUUUCUUGUCUUCUGUCUCCAACAUGGAAGCCAAGAAGUCAAACAAGAUAAAAGAGAUCGUUAAGCUUCAACAGAUCCUCAAGAAAUGGCGGAAACAAGCAAAUGCAUCAAAAGCAGCCAACAACAACGAAGACAACAACAACAGCAAUGGCGGAGGAAGCAAGAGCAUCAAGUUUCUGAAGAGGACACUUUCAUUUACAGAUGCAACAGCUGUUCCUAAAGGGUAUCUAGCUGUCUCGGUAGGGUUAGAGAAAAAGAGGUACACAAUACCAACAGAGUACCUUAGCCACCAAGCUUUCCUUGUUCUUCUGCGUGAAGCAGAAGAAGAGUUUGGGUUUCAACAAGCCGGUGUCUUGCGGAUACCUUGUGAAGUUUCUGUCUUCGAGAGCAUAUUGAAGAUAAUGGAGGAGAAGAACCAAGGGUACCUGGUGAUGACAACAACAGCUAAACAGGAUUGUAAAUUCAAUGCAGCAGUAAAUGACGAGAAGAGUUACAGGCAUCCAUCGGAAUGUCCUCGGACUCCUUCGCACCAACCACACAGCCCAAUGUGCAGAUAGUUUUGUUCAUUUCUUGUUGCUCCUGAAUCUUCUUCCUCUCUUUGUUGACUUAAGCCUUUUCUGCUUAUUUCCAUGUUCCCACUUUUUCUCUAGGGAUUUGGAUUUGUGUGCUUAUAACUGCUGAGAGAGAGAAGAGAGAUUUUGAAUAAUGAAAUGUACAAACCGAUAACUGAAGCUGAAAUCAGAGCCUCUAUUCAUGGAGAGCCGUUGUUCUUUCUCUGCUCUGUUUCGAUUUUUGUUGUGGUUACAUCUGAGCACUGACAGAUGAAAACUUAAAAUGACUUUGUCAUAUUCUCUGGUGGAAAUUUCUUACAAGAAUCCGACAACCGAUCGAUAUAACCAAUUUAUCCCUGAUGACAUAUGCAGUAGCCUCGUGGUACAAGAACAAAUCAAAUACUGUGUAAAGUGAAUCAAGUAAAAAACACUAUUUGAGUUUUGCAUACACAUGAAGAUUUAAAUCGUUUGUAAUCUAGUUGUCUGCAUUUGCAACACAAGUCAGUAAGAACAUCGGCAAGCAAAUUCAUGACACAACCAUCUCCUUUUGUUGAUGUAUUGGAUAUCUAUUAGUUUGGAGUAUCUAAUACAAGUUGAUGUAUAAUCUCAGCAGAAAGAACCUAAUGAAAGUGGAGGAGAAUGAGUCACAUGGAUUAAACAUCUGAAUUUUGUCAUUUAACUCUAUGCAGAAAUCAAAUGAUUCCAAAAUGCAGAAAUCAAUUAGAAUAGACUUUUCUACAAAAAAUGAUUCAUGUUUCUAUUUGUGCAGUUUGCGGGUUUUCCGGAACAACCAUGUGAACUAAAGUUGCGAUUAUGUUAGAGUAAUCAGAGAUUAAAAAGCAAUAAAAUAAUCCAUAAUGGAAUCAAAACAAUAAUUACGGAAUUGUACCAUUAAUCACCAACUGGAAUGUGGUUGUUAAACUAUUCAAAGGCGAAAAAGUACGGUAUCCUAAGCUUCUUUAACGGAAACUAAAGCUAUAAUAAGGAUACUUAGUAAUAUAAUAUGCUAAUAACAGAGUCACAUAAAUAUUCUUAUGUAAACUAAGUAUCUCCAUUAUUGUGUUCACAUGCAUAGACGAGUACGGCAGAUCACAAGGAUUGAUUUGACCAUCCCAUAAACCAAUCAAGAUUCAAGAAAGCAAGAAAGAUGUUCAUGUAAUCAUAUGUUUGUUCUCUGCCAUAUGAGUAAUGAUGGGCAAAGUCAAAAUAUAAACAUCGAAAGAUUCGAGAUCCGAUAAAUCAGAAAAUGGCCACAUGACAUAUGUACCUGAGAUUUAUACCAUCACAAAUUCUAAACUAAUCUCCUGAACCUGAUAUUGAGGAUAAUCAAAUAAGAAACCUUGGGGAAAGGAGUUGCACAUUCUAUAAAAAGAUAGCAAAGCAGCAGAUUAACAAGAACAGCCAUAUGCCUUAUUAUAAGACAGCAAUUAACCAUUGAGGUUACAAGCUAAACGACAAGGGAAUCAAAAAUUUCAUGCAUUAAUCAUUGAAUGCAUAU